UCGCUUCGCCUCUUCCUCUCUGGGGGAGCACAUCCUAUAAAUUACUUUGGUAGCUAGUCUCUUUGGUUUUACUGGUCAGCUGAUCUGUUAAAAAAUAUUUGAGCAGUGAACUCGGAAAUGGCAAGGAUGGAGCUUGCACCGCUCAGACCAUGGGAUGACUUCUUCCCAGGAGCUGAUCGUUUUGCCAAACCCGAUUUCGGAGAUUUAACUAAAUGGAACAACAGGGUAAUCAGCAACUUGUUAUACUAUCAGACCAAUUACUUCGCAGUGGCCAUCGUGGUUUUCCUGAUCGUGGGGUAAGUCAGCAUGACAGCGCGAGCUUGCUAGCAUUUCCCACCCAGCUGCUAACUAUUUGAUUUGAUUAGCCUGCAGUCCAAUCCACACCAAGUCAUGGAUACGUAAUUGUCAUGCACUGGCAUUUAUUUAUAGCAGUGAGCAAGAUUUCCCUAUCUUUUCAUAUUCUCCUCACACAACUGCAACGACGAAAUAAGAGAUGCAGUCAUAAUGUGAUGGAAUUGGAAUGGAGUCUGGUACUAGCUGGCCUGCUAAAAACAAAUGUAGCUAUUUGCUCCACUUUUCCUGCAUCAGCUGCCUGCGACUGUGUGAAUGGUUCACACGGUGAACAUAAUUACUAGGUGGUUGAGUAUUUGAGUACCUUAUAUUUAGAAAUAACGAUUGGACAGAGAUGGGUUUCCAUAAUUUAAAAAAAAUAUUUUUUAUAUGAAUAGUUUCUUUAGCCUACUUGGCUGACAACACAUGAAUGCUACAAGUUGUCCCAGCAUUUGGGUCCUUAUCUCAGCCACACACUGCAUGUACAAUGUAGAAGUGUACUGAUAAUACCCGAUAAAAUACCCAAGGAGCAGUUUUGUAUGUAUCCUAAUUCCUAAAUUGCAGCUACAGUAGUUUGAAAGCUCUCAGAUUAUUUAUGAAAAUGGCUAAAAUAAUUUAAGGAAAGGUGUUGAUCUUAUUCCAGUCACCAGGUUGUGCUGUUAAUUUCUUGUAUUGUGUUUUACAGAUGCACAAUUAUUGUUUUUUAUUGCCAUACAGCAUUUGAGUGGAUAUAGAUGUUUUGUGUAAUAUGUUUCCCGUCUGUGUAGAUUUCUGAACCCUCUUGGCAUGUUUCUGGGAGGGGCAGUGGUUUCUCUGGUCUUCAUGGUUUCGGUGUGGGCGGGAGAGAACAAGAAUUUCAUCAAGAACUUCAAGAAGAAGAACCCCACCCUGUUUGUCAUCGCUGUCAUGGGAACAAGCUACUUCCUGCUGUCACUAUGUGGUGGAGUGAUGGUCUUCAUCUUUGGAAUUACUUUUCCCUUGCUGUGUGAGUCGCGAACUGUUUUUUCAACCACUCAUUCUGACUCAUUGUAUGGGUUCAAUAUGGAGAAUGUGUGUGGUUCUCCACCUUAAAAUGUUUUGGUUAAUUGGUGGUUCUGAGAAAAGGAGUGCAGGCAACAGCUGCCACAUUGUGGUGGGAAUCAGGAGGCAGUCAGUCAGUGACGGAGCCCUUCCCAGGGCUGUCCUGUGGCUGCCUGCGUGUGUUGACUGGUUGCUAUGUACUGUCUGCACAAUACUCAACUACAUUUACUGGCUUACAUCAUAUAGUCGGCAUCUCUGACGAGAAAAGUAAAGAUGCCUCUCCUUAACCUUAUCUGUGCAUUGUAUUUCAUAACAUAUACCUAGAAAAUAAUUAUCCUUCUCAGUUGAAGCUGCAUAAUUUUAGAUGAAGGCACACACAUCAUGUUUCCAUCGGCCAGAAUGGGAAAAUGCUACCAUGGGGAUCUCCAUUGAGGGUAGCACAUCGUGAACGGGUAGGAAAUUAAUCCAGCCUUUCUUCCCUGUAGUGAUCCUGGUCCAUGCAUCUCUGAGGCUGCGCAACAUGAAGAACAGGCUGGAGAAUAAGAUCGAGGGAGUGGGCAUGAAGAAGUCCCCAAUGGGCAUCAUCCUGGAUCUGCUAGACCAACAGGAGGAGAAGAUCAACAAGAUCCAGGACUUCCUGGAGUCCAAGCUAAACAAGGAGUGAGGGGGGAGAGAGCCAAAAUGGCACCCUCAUUCAAUUCAACAUGGUUUGCUUUUUCCUUUAACACUAAAAUCAAGCGUUGAUUUUUACCCCGCAUAAUGUCAGUGGUGUCACAUUCUCCUUAUUUGUCAUUCUCACUCAAUUUUGUUAUAUUGAAUGAACACCUUUAUACAUUUUGUGUCAAAGUACCUGAUUUCUUUAGAGCAUUUCAGAAAGAUUUGUACAGUCCUGUAUGGAUCAUAUGUUUGGGGAAGGCACUCUGCACAAUGAAAUGAGGCAUGAGCAUACCUGUAUAUUUGCCCAUUAAUGUUCAAAGUAACACGCAAUACACAUGUUGUCAUUAUGUAAUUGCAAUACAUAUCCUGGCACAUUUUACUCUGUCGAACUUGACAAAAUAAAGCUGCGUGCCAGAAUGCAAUAACUAUUGCACGUUAAAACAAUUGUGUUCAGUGGCAUAGCAUCUAGAUUUGUUAUCGUUCCAAAAAAAAAGAUAUUAAGCAAAUAAUUUAAUCAAUCAGAAUCAAUUUAUUUGCUACCUCAGAAGAUAAAUAUCUCUAUUUCCUCUCCUAAUGCUGAACUGGUAUCACUGGGCUCCUCUUGUAUCCACUGAAACAGUGACUGCAUAUUGACAAGUCGCAAUAAUAUCCCUCUGGUUACUUCACACCCUGUGGGUUGGGCUUGAGAUUAACAUGCUCAGAUCAUGGCUAUGCAAUAUGGGAAAAUGAAUGGCAAAUGCAACUUUAUUAGUUGAAGUAGUCAUGUUGUAAAUGUUUACAUUGUGCUUUCAUGUCUCAUUGAAUCUUCUCUACUUGUGUAUUCAGCAAAAAGCAUACAGAAAACAUAAAUGUUUGCAUUACAAAAAGCACAGUGUAAGGCACCAAAGUAUGUACUAUUAAAUAUCACACACAUUAUGAAUGCUUGAUUGUGCAUUGGGGUUCUGAUGAUGUCCCCCUCAGUAGCAGAUGUUUGGAGAUUUUAUUAUAAAUCCGCCCUAAUAAAUAGCCUAUCCAAUUCCAGGGAUCACCAUUAGUAAUAGAUGAAAAUGAUUAAAUUAAAUUAAUGAAGAUUUUAUGAGCUAUUUGUACACACGGAUGCAGUCUUCCAAAGAAUUAUGGAGAAUCACAGUUUGUAUCGGAUCUAGACAAAUUGCUUUCAGAAAAAAGGAGUGCACGCUAAUAUUAUGGUUCUAGGUUCUAUUAUAAGGAUGUUAUAACUGCUGUUUUUUGUAUUUCCAUUGAGUAGUGAUAACGUAACUACAGAAUUGGAAGCAGAGCACUGUGUUCCACCAUAAUAAUAAAACAAAAUUUAAGUAAUCCAAAUUAUGUCAACUAUGUUAAUGAAGGAAACAUUUACAUAUGAGACAUCUUGUAUGUACACUGAUUUUUAAUGUCAACACUCGUUAGGAUUAUGACUUGUUAAGAUGGACUGUUCCGUGAAACAAUGAAGUAUGAUUUGAAAUCUAGCUUCUGGACCACUGACCCACAGUGUUUUACACAGUAAAAGACUAAUGUUUUCAUGGUGCCUCCUAUACUCUAUAUUCUGGGGUUCAGCUCUAUCAAUAUUGCGAAGUGGACAGCAGACACCAGAGUGGUUUUGAAAACCCAUAGAUGAAAGACCCAAGUCAUCAGUAGAUGAUGUAUUAUGGAUUUGCCCGCACUCAUUUGGGAGUGUUCAAAGUAAAUGAAUUUUCCACAAACAAACAUAAUUAUUAAUUGAGACUACUUAUACUAUGCACAUUCUAUGGUGCAUUUACCAGCUGUAGACUCAUAUCCAAAUACCAUACUAGUUCUUCCAAACCUCAAGGAACAAAAGGUGUUCUGCCUGAAUAGGAGUACUGAGGCAAACUAGUGUUACAAGUGCAAGCAGAUUAUUGUUAAGGAAGAGAUUAAACACAUGUUGAACAAACACAGGAAUAAAGGUAUUGUAGAUUCCUCAG